UUCCCUUCAAGGAUUGAUAUCAAUUUGCAAACACAGGUAAAGUGUGUACUAUGAUCAGAGUCCUAGAUAGUGACCUGAUACAAAUAGCACGAUAACAUAUAUAUUAACCAGUGCGUACGAGAAAGUCGCCCAUUUUGUAGUUGUCAGCCAACAGAGACAGAAAACAUGGAACGAAUGCGUGUUGUGUUUAGCCACCUGCCUGGUGGUGUUCAGCCGUCCCCAGUAUCAGGAACCGGGAGGUUCGUGGACAGACCAGACGACAUCGUCGUCAUCUCUGCUCUCAGGACGCCCAUAGGCAAGGCAAAUAGGGGAUCGUUCAAGGAUACCUAUGGAGAUGACCUGCUGGCAGCAGUCUUCAAAGGAGUGCUGAAGGAAAGUGGGGUGUCACCGCAACAGAUUGGGGAUGUAUGUGUGGGCAAUGUGCAUGAUUCAAAAGAUUCCUUCACAGCUAGAGUCGCCCAGUUUUAUAGUGGAAUUCCAGAAACAACCCCAGUAUACACAACCAACCGACAGUGUUCCUCUGGACUGCAAGCCUUCAUGAAUGUCGCAGGUUCAAUCAGGAAUAAUCAAUGCGAUAUGGGCAUCGGUGCUGGGUUUGAGCAAAUGACAAUGAACAAAGGUCUAGAUCAUACAUUUAACCCUAAGAUGUUAGGAGAGGAGAAAGCCAAGAACUGCUUGAUACCUAUGGGCCUGACGUCUGAGAAUGUGGCUGAGAAAUAUGGACUGACCCGAGAGGAACAGGAUCAAUUUGCCUUGUUAUCACAGGACAGGGCUGCCAAAGCACAGAAAGAGGGUCUUUUUGACAAUGAAAUUGUUCCUGUUACCACAACUAUCAAAGAUAAGGAGGGGAACGAGACAACAAUUACUGUCAAAAAAGAUGAUGGUAUUCGUCCCACUACUCUUCAGGGAUUGCUUAAGUUGAAGGCAGCAUUUAAAAAAGGGGGAUCAACCACAGCAGGUAACAGUAGCCAGGUGAGCGAUGGAGCUGCAGCAGUCUUACUGGCCCGACGAUCUGAGGCUGUCCGUCUAAACCUGCCAAUUCUGGGAGUCCUGAGGGGGUACGCUGUAGGGGGCUGUCCCCCAGAAAUCAUGGGCAUUGGACCAGCUAUCGCCAUCCCCAUGUUAUUAACAAAGACAGGUAUGACCAAGGAAGCGAUAGAGAUCUUUGAGAUAAAUGAAGCAUUUGCCAGCCAAGCCAAAUACUGUGUGGACAAGCUUGGUCUUCCCUCAGAAAAGGUCAAUCCAAAGGGCGGAGCUAUUGCCCUAGGACACCCUCUGGGCUGUACUGGUGCCAGGCAGAUCGCCACUCUUCUACACGAACUCAAACGGAGAGGGAAAAAGUCCUACGGGGUAGUGUCCAUGUGUAUGGGUACAGGGAUGGGAGCCGCUGCCUUGUUUGAGUACCCAGGACAAGCCUAGUAAACAAACAGUGUAAACAUUCUCAAACAACAACUGUGAUCAUUAAUACGCCAUAUUCAGAGAAGGAUAUCAGUUUCUGUAAUCUGAAAACAUGAACAAAUUAAACAAAUUGAUGAUGAUUAGGGUGAAAGGUGUGUUGUGUGACCGCUGUACCAACUGAUGGUCCAAGCCUGCAUACAUAGGGUAUAUAUCGUAAUCAGAGGAAUUUACAAUGGCACUAAAUCAGCAGUAAGGCAAUGUGACUUGUGACCAAGGGCUGGGAAUUGAAUCCAUGUGACCAGUGGUCUAAAGCCUGACCUUUAACAUCGUGUUUCUGAUCAGCUUAACAGAGAACAAUGAUGAGGCCAUGUAAAAAAUAUCUGCAAGAAAAUAAUGAAAUUCAAAACUGAAACUCUUUAAUUGCUAUUAAAAAUGGUGGUUUAAAGAAAAUAUAUACAUAUAUAUACUACUGAAAUAUUUAACUAUUUGUACAUUUUAUAGAUAAAUGUUUGUAUCAGAGUAAGAUUGUAUGUGUUAUGGACAUGUUAUAAGUUCAUAAGACUGACCAACUGUAUUUGAAUGAUUAAGAUGAUUAAUAUGUAUAAUAGAAAUACGUGUGCAAUAUGUUUGACAGUGUGGAUGAAAGGAAAUUGAAGAUUAAAGAGAAAAUUAAAGUUGGAUAUAUAUUGAAA